AUGAGGGCCGGCAACAUUGGGAAAGGAGUUGCAGUGGUGGGGUCUUUUUUAGCCCUGCUCGCUAUCGUUUUGACGAUCGUUGCUAUGAGUGGUCUUACACAGGACCGUGCACCAGUGAACAAGAUAUAUAUGGGCGAGGCAGAUAUAUCGGCAAUCAAGGUCGCCAAGGUUCUCCCCCAGGCGGACUCAAUUCUUCAGUUUAUGGGUAUCGCCAUGACUUCAGGUAAAGUUAAAGAUGAACAAAUUUUUGGUGCUCUCAAGGGUAUCGCUCACACAGCAGCCUUGCAACCAUUAUUACUGCUAUUGGCUGAUACGGGGAAUUUGACCGGUACUUUAAAGGCUCUCAACGAAUUGACGCCGAUGGCUUCCACGGGUAAUCCCGACGAUACUGCUGAGUUGCGCGGGAUGUAUAGUAUGUUGCAGAGUUCCACUAAUGUGACCGGCACCAUGAACGCUUUAUCGAGCUUGGUAAAAGGCACUUUGGCGGCGAGCCCCGAAACCAAUAGCAAUACUGCACAGGCCAGGGGGUAUUUGCAGACGUUGUUGCUCGAUUCGAGGAGCCCCGUAGAUACUGUUGGGGGCAUGCUCGCCUUGGCUAAGUUGACUGAGGAAGAUAAGGAGAAGUUGGUGGGCACGUUCGGCUUGCUGCGUAACUCUAACGACUUGAAUGCUACAUUAGCUGAUUUGAAGACGUUGCUGGAUGCAGAUAUCUCUGAAUCCCUCAAGAAUAGUACUUUCAGUCAGUUGUCACAGAACAUCAGUAACGCACAGACCAUUAUUCAGCGUCUGUCCGAGAUUGACGGGGAAGAUGCUGACGCGUUGAAUGCUUUGGGAGACUUGUUGUCCCACUCGAAGGACCCCUCUUCUGAUUUGGAGAUUCUUCAAAAUGUCGGAAACGUGACGGAUACGGAGAGGACGUCCUUGGCCUCCCUGACCACCAUCAUUUCGAAUGCAAACAACAGCACCUUGACGAUCGCUACCGUCCUCACGCUAUCGGCACAGACCACGCCGCAAUCUGCGGCUCAGUUGGUUUACCUGCACCAGAUCCUGGCCAAUACGAAUGACCAGGCUGGUUCUUUACACACCCUAAACGAGCUGCAAGGUGCCUCCACCAACCAAAAGAAGGCAGAGCUGAUCCCAUACUUGUUCGAACUGACUGACCACUCCUAUAAUGUCCUCCGGACCUUUGGCUCCCUGAUCUCCCUGGCUGACUUUGCUGCUCAAAAUCCAGAGCCUUUGGUCCCUGUGUUGGCUAUUCUGGGUGCCGCUGCAGGGUCGGAGACCACCGAAAUGAGUGUGGAAGCAAUGCAGAAACUAAGUCCACAGAUCUUAAGCUAUUUCGACGUCCCUUCCAGGUUCAGACUCGGUAUAUUCGACUUGUGUACCAUUAGAGUCAACGGAACUAGCAAAGGUUGCACCAGACAGGGAGGCGGUGUUCAAGGCUUCGAUUACAGGAGCAUCUUGUACAGAGAGCUUCUAAACUCAGACUUGGAACCCUUCGUUAAGGCCUUGGAUAUCAAAGCAGAUGAUCUUCACCUAGAGGGUAAGUUGCUAGAAAAGGAACCAAUGUACCGCCCAUCCGUGUCCGCCUGCCUGGCCUUUACCCUCAUAUCAUUGGUCGUAAACUUUUUGCUCAUCGUUUCGCUGCUCCUGCCAGGCAAGGGUCUGCGUAUAAUUCCUUGGUCCCAGGGAUUGCUGGCCCUCCUCGCCGUUGGCGCUCUAGGUUUGGCUGCCAGUGUCGUGGCCAUUGUUACCGCCAUCAUUAAAGAAGGCACUGCCUAUGACGACUACGGCGUCGUCUACAGGACGGGCAGCAACUACGUAGGUCUAGCCUGGGGCGCCGUCGUAGUCGCUAUCGUGAACAUGCUCAUCAUCUGGUUCACGCUCUAUCGCGCCGGCAAGCGCGAAGGCAUCGUUAACAUGGAAGAAGGGCGUGCUUCAACGUCUGAUGAGGACCUAGAGAAGGACAGGGCUAUAAGGGCUAGUCGUACUUGA